AUGUUGAGCGCCGUCGCGUCGUCUUUAUCAUCUCAGUUGGAAUUUCUUCCAUCCCCGAGGAUCGCGGCCAGGGCCCUCGGUCAGGCACGAUGGUCGGACUAUCCGUCGUACUCACUCGCACCAUCGUCUUCUCGCGAUCUCACUUACUUUGAAUACCAGCGCAAUUCCACCGAUCUCGACGUAGCCAUCAACAUUCCAAGAUGGCAUCGACUUGAAAAUGGCAUACAGCAUCCAGGCGCUCCGGCGCGUUAUGCCCUCGCACUCACGUUGCUCAGGCGAUUCGAGCAGAAUGGGGGCCUCAAAGAUCUAGAGGGUGCGCUCAAGAAUGCGCAACUCGCAUACGACGCCGUCUCGAAACGGGAACAGGGAGAAAUUGAAUGGUUCCAUCGCGCAUGCAGAGGCCAUUCUCGCAGCGACGCCUCCUGA